AUGACUACUCGCAUCCCUACAAUUUACAAGGCCGUCUUCCUUUACUUUGACCCGCCACGCGCGCUUUGGGGUGCAUUCAUGUACUACUUCACGCGCGACUACGCUCUUCAAACGUUCUUUCUCGAAGGCUUCCAGGGCAGCCGUGAUGCGGCUCAUGACCUACUCUUAUACCAUUCAGGCGGCGCGGUGCUUGGGUCUGCCAUUUUGAAUGGCUUGCUGCUUCGAUAUACGCAGGACAUUGGCGUCUGGAAGUUCGUGCAGGCAGCGAUCGUGGCGAUUGAUAUCUCUCUCCUUGCUGGCAUAGUGGAGGUGUUUGGCAAACAGGGUCGGCUGUCCCCGGCCACAUGGCAGGCAGGUGAUUGGCUUGGAGUCUCUAUCACCACCGUGGUUACAGUUGUAAGGUUGGCGUUCAUCGCAGGAGUUGGACUAAAGGAGAAGACUAAGAGGACUUGA